CACAUGCAUUGCAAGUUUGCAACGCACCCUUCUUCUUCAUCAUCAAGUUGCGUGUAGUGUAGAUUUCAAUCGAAUCAUUUAUUUCUUCAUUCAAUUUUGUAAAAUUAGGUUAGAAAAAUCUUCCCCUCGCCGUCAUUCAUUUACUCAUGAAUUUCAGAGAAAACCCAGCUGUAACUGCAAGAAAUCGGCUCAAGUUUCAGUUGACAUUCCUUUUUAACUCAAAAUUUUAGUAUUUUACUCCUUUAAUUAGCCUGCAAUCUAGCCAAAAGGAGUGGGUUUGGUCUGUUUUCGCUUGAUUAAUACUGUUACUAUAUCGGAUCUGAAUUCACAUGGGCUUCGUCACGUAUAUAGUUAUCGUUUAUCCGUUGAUUUUGCUUCUGAAUGUUUGCUCCGGAUCGUUUUCAUCAAUGGCGGUUCCCUCUUCUACUACGGAUGCGAUUUUGAUAGUUGUAGAUCAAUCAGGACAAGGUGACUAUACAACGAUACAGAAAGCCAUUGAUGCGGUUGCUUCUAAUAACUCUGAGCUUAUUUACAUUUCGAUCAAACCAGGAACAUACAGAGAGAAAAUCGCUGUUUCUGCGGAUAAACCCUUCAUAACUUUGAGUGGUACGGAUGCCAACAACACCAUUAUCACAUGGAACGACGGUGGAGACAUAUUCGAUUCUCCAACAGUGUCUGUAAUGGCUUCUGAUUUCAUUGCAAGAUAUCUCACAAUUCAAAACACAUUUGGGACUAGCGGGAAAGGUAUUGCAUUGAGGGUAUCAGCAGAUCGGGCUGCAUUUUAUGGGUGCCGAAUCAUCUCUUACCAAGACACUUUGCUUGAUGAUUCUGGUAGACAUUACUACAACAAUUGCUACAUCGAAGGUGCUGUUGAUUUCAUUUGUGGAAAUGCUGCUUCUAUUUUUGAAGGUUGCCAUUUACAUUCGGUGGCUAAAAGUUUUGGAGUAAUAACAGCUCAACAUCGAAAUUCACCUUUAGAGAAUACGGGAUUAACAUUUGUGGGUUGUAAAAUAACGGGGUUGGUUGGUGGCACGGUUCUCGGAAGGCCAUGGGGUCCAUACUCACGUGUCAUAUUUGCACAGACUUUUAUGUCAGACACAGUAUCACCUCAGGGAUGGCUUGAUUGGGAUGAUCCAAGCAAACAAAGAACGGUGUAUUAUGGAGAAUACAAGUGUUAUGGUCCAGGGGCAGAUAGAUCAAAGAGGGUUGGAUGGUCACGUGAGCUAUCACGUGAUGAGUGUGCACCUUUUGUGAAUAAGACCAUGAUUGGGGGGAGAAGUUGGCUUAGAUCUACACCAAUCCACUUCAAGAAACAAAUGCCUCAUCCCAUUGGUCUUGGUGUUAAAGAAAAUGGACAAAACUAGAAUUACAUUAACUAAUUUAUAUGGAUGGAUCACUUUGCAUUUCAUUUGGUUUCAAAAAAGAAGUUGUAAAAUUAUUUUAAUUUGUGUUUAUGUAUUCAUUGAGUGUAUUUAUGGGGGAUUAUUUUGCGUAAACCAUUAAACAG